GGCAACUGAAGUCUUGGGAAGAACUUCCUGUCUCCUCACAAAGUCAUUGUUGACGUCAUUUGUUCCCCUUGAACUGAACAAAAAGGUCUGUUGCUCUCAGGCAGCUGCCAGGGUCUGGAGGUGAGGGGCCAGCCCCUUCUUGAGGGAAGGGACAGACACAUCCCAGGUGAGCAGUGUGUCUGGAUACUCAGUGGAACACGGGAGUUCAGCCGUGGGUGGCUGUGAGGAGGUUUCCUGAAGACCCUAGGAGAAUCAUGAUCCAGCAGAGCCCAGCCGUAGCUGAAAUAAUUCAACCUGGUGGCCUGGGGCCCAAGAAGGCACAUGAAAACAUUAGGGGGGGGAGUCGGGCUGUAGCGCAGCGGGUUAAGCGCAGGUGGCGCUAAGCACAAGGACCCGCAUAAGGAUCCUGGUUCAAGCCCUGGCUCCCCACCUGCAGGGGUGUCGCUUCACAAGCGGUGAAACAGGUCUGCAGGUGUCUAUCUUUCUCUCCCUCUCUCUGUCUUCCCCCUCCCCUCUCCAUUUCUCUGUCCUAUCCAACAACAAUGACAACAAUAAUAACUACAACAAUAAAACAACAAGGGCAACAAAAGGGAAUAAAUAAAUAAAAAUAAAUAUUAAAAAAAUAAAUAAAUAAAAGUGAAAGCAUUAGGGGGGUCUCCAUAGAUGAUAGAUGUUACACAGUCCACACGAGUGGUUGUGGACUCUUCUAGAAAGAGCACUCUGCUCUUUGCAGAUAUUCUAAUACCUGGGUCUUGGUGGAGGCAAAGUUCUAGGAUAGUGCAGACCUGCCAGAUGUUGGGGUCACCCAGGAGAGAGGACAAGGGUCCCUCGUCUGAACACAGCAAGAGAGGAGGCUGGCCCUGCCCCUGCCUGCGCCUCUCAGCUCCCCACUGGGCUGUUUGCCCUAAUCCUGCUGCCAAAGUAGUUUUUUUCAAAGUUUCUCUCCAGUUCCCCCAGGGCAAGGAAGGUUUUGGGAUGCAGGCUGCACCCCACUGCUCCCCCUCCUGGCUGAGCUGGAGAAGUUUCUGGCUGGCAAGAGCCAGGCACAGCUGCCAUCAGCAGGCCAGUGGGCCAGCAUGCUCCCAAAGGAAAGGCUGCUUCUCAUCCUGCUGGCAGCUCCGGGAAGCGGCGUGGGCAGCACAAGAGGUGGGGUGCAGAUGUAGGCCCUGCAGUCCCAGCCUCUGCAGAGAAGAGCCUGGAGUAGCUUGUCUCUGGCCUCAAACACCAGGCUCUUUCUACUGCUCCAGGAUAGGCUGGGCCCCCAGUGAGACCCUCUUGAGUCUCCCUUUUGGAGACCAGCAACUGGCACCUCUGUCUCCUGUACCCUGGGGGCCAUGGGGACUGGCAAGCAGGAUCUUGGAGAUACAGACUGCCCAGCUGCUUUGUCCCUGUCUUCUGCAGUCUCAUUUUUCAGCCUUCUCCUGUGUUUGCUCAUACUCGCAGCACCCCCUCUCACCCCAUGUGGGAGUCAGUACCUGGCCACCUGCUGCGGGGAAGUUGGGAGGAAUGACUAUGAUACCCAGGUCCUCUAGCUCAGUGCUAAGGGCCUUCUUGGCAGCGGUGCCCCACCCCUGGCGUCCAAGGGUUAGGGGUUCUUGCUGCUGCAGGCACACCCUGGAAUAGGCACUUUCAGCCAGAAGGACUUUGCCCCUCAGUGGUCCCUGAGUGUGUCACUUGUUGAUAGGAGAGGGGACCAGCCCAGGGGAGUGGCCUGCUAGAGGCUCCAGACAGAGCACCUGGGAUCAGGAAAGGCUGAGACAUGGCACCUCCCUGGAAAUACAGAAUCUAGAGCCUAGGUGGCAGGGGACACAAGGUCAUACCAGCAGUUACAGAGAUUCCACUCAGGCCAGAGGUUGAGGGCCUGCCCCAUGACAGCCAGCAAGGAGGAGCUUCCCUUGAAAGGAAUACACAGGGCCUGGACUCCUGGCAGGCCACCCCAACAUCCUUGGACUAAUCCCUGGAAGCAUGCGGAGCUGGAAGAGCUGCCCUCCAGGCCCUUACAGGGAGGCCUGGAGGGUGAGGCAUGCAGAAGUUGAAAAACAAGAUCAGAAGAGAAAACACUAAGCAGAACCUGGACUGGAGUUGGUGUAUUGCACCAAAGUUUAAAAGACUCUGGGGUGAGUGGGGGGGGAGGACACAGGUCCUGGAAAAGGAUGACAGAGGACCUCGUGGGGGUUUUAUUGUUAUGUGGAAAACUGAGAAAUGUUAUGCAUGUACAAACUAUUGUAUUUACUGUUGAAUGUAAAAC